UGUCGAUGCGACUCGCGCUCUUCGCGCUGUCGAGCCUCGUCGUAAGAAGCCUGCGGGCGGCGCCGGCCCUGCGCCGCGGCCUCGUGCGCCGUCAGGCACAAACCACGGCCAUGCCCGACAGCCUCGAGGCCUUUUGCGGCGCCGCCGACGCGUCGUGGCUGCGCUGCCUCAACGAGGACCCCGAGGCCGCGGCGCACGCGCCGAACAAGCGGUCGCGGGAGGUGAAGAGCGGCCACUACGUGCGCGUGGCCCCGACGCCGCUGCGCGCGCCGGGCCUCGCCAUGCACAGUCCGGAGCUCGCGGCGGACCUCGGCCUCGACGCGGCGGCCGUCGCCGCGGCCGGCUUCGCCGAGUUCUUCGGCGGCGACCACGGCGCCCUGCCCUUCCCCGCGGGCGAGUCCUGGGCGACGCCCUACGCGCUGUCCAUCAUGGGCGAGCCGCAGACGCGGAACUGCCCCUUCGGCACGGGCAACGGCUACGGCGACGGCCGCGCGGUCUCCGUCGGAGAGAUCAAGUCGCCGAAGGACGGCCGGCGCUACGAGCUCCAGCUCAAGGGCGGCGGCCAGACGCCCUUCUGCCGCGGCGCCGACGGCCGCGCCGUGCUGCGGUCGUCGCUGCGCGAGUUCCUCGCGUCCGAGGCGAUGCACUUCCUCGGCGUCGAAACGACUAGAGCUUUGUCGCUCGUCGUCUCCGGCGGCGAGACGACGCGGCGGCCCUGGUACAGCGGCCGACAAGCGGACGUGCCCGAGAUCAGCGAGGACGACCCGCGCCUGGCCCAGUUCCCGCUCCAGCUCCGGCGCCAGCUCAUCCGCCAGCUCCAGCAGCAGGGCGCCGGCGGCGGCGACCCGGACGUCAUGGUCGAGGAGACCUGCGCCAUCACCUGCCGCGUCGCGCCGUCCUUCGUGCGCGUCGGCCACGUGGACCACUUCGCGCGCCGCGCGGGCGGCCGCGGCGCCGCGGCGUCCGCGAAGCGCGAGCACAAGCUGAUGGUGCAGCACGCGAUCGCGCGCGAGUACCCGGACCUGCUGCUGGAGCACCGCGACGAGACGGACGCGACGAUGCUCGCGCUCGUGGGCGACGACGAGCUCAGAACGGCGGCGCUGGCCUUCGCGGCGCGCGCGCGCGACGCGCUGGCGCUCUUAGCCGCCGGCUGGUUGCGCGUCGGCUUCUGCCAGGGCAACUUCAACGCGGACAACUGCCUCGUCGGCGGCCGCACCAUGGACUACGGGCCCUUCGGGUUCAUGGACAAGUACGACCCGUCCUUCGCCAAGUGGGUCGGCUCCGGCGACCAUUUCGCGUUCGCGGCGCAGCCGGGAGCGGCUCUGGCGAACUUCCGGACGCUCGCCAAGGCGCUGCUGCCCCUCUUCGAGGACGACCCGGCGCCGUUGAUGGCCAUCAUCGACGGUGCGAAAGCCACCUUCGCCGACGCCAUGGCCGAGUGCUACGGCGCGAAGCUCGGGUUCGCCGAUCCCGGGUCGGCGGCCGCGCGGAAGUCGUGGCUGGCUUUGGAGCCCUCGCUCCGGGGCCUCGACUACACGAUCUUCUUCCGCCAGUUGGGUGCCGUCGCGCGGGCCGAUGAUGAUGAUUUAUUGGCUUACGUCGAGGACGCCUUCUACGCGGACCCGUCGCCGGAAACCGCCAAGGCGCUGCGCGCGUGGCUCGCGGCGUGGAAAAGCGGUUUGGGCGACGCGGCCGCGGCCGCCGCGCGCCUCGACGCGGCGAACCCGAAGUACGUGCUCCGCGAGUGGAUGCUCGUCGAGGCCUACGAGGCGGCGAAGCGCGGCGACUUUUCCGUCGCGCACGAGCUCCACGGCCUCGUGAAGGCGCCAUACUACAGGUUCUCGGUCGCCCUCGUCCUCAGUCUCUGACAUCGAAUACACAUCAUCGUCCGAAUCGUCCUCCAUUCGCAGGUGGCGGUGCAUCGCGACGAUGACGACGCGUUCCAGCGUGUGUGACAACCGCGUAAGGAU